UGGCCUCCAAAAACGAAAACCGUCGCCAUUGUUUGUAAGGUGUUCAGCGAGUGCAGACCCUAACUUCUACUUGUGGUUAAUUGAUAAAAAAUGGCUCGUACCAAGCAGACAGCCCGUAAAUCUACUGGUGGUAAGGCUCCUCGUAAGCAGCUUGCCACAAAAGCUGCCCGUAAGAGUGCCCCAUCAACUGGUGGUGUCAAGAAGCCCCAUCGUUACAGGCCUGGUACUGUCGCUCUUCGUGAAAUUCGUCGCUACCAAAAAUCGACAGAGUUGCUGAUCCGCAAAUUGCCAUUCCAGCGUCUCGUUCGUGAAAUUGCCCAAGAUUUCAAGACCGACUUGCGUUUCCAGAGCGCUGCCAUCGGUGCCCUCCAGGAAGCCAGCGAGGCCUACCUUGUCGGUCUCUUUGAAGACACCAACUUGUGCGCCAUUCACGCCAAGCGUGUCACAAUCAUGCCCAAGGACAUCCAGUUGGCCCGGCGCAUUCGUGGCGAGCGUGCUUAAACAAGAUAUCAUCCUAUCUGACAAAACAACUACAGUUAAAUUUCCUUCCCUCCCCUAACGCAUCAUUUUUUACGCGAAGCAUUUUUUUUUUCCUCAUCGCCCCACCACUACCACAAUUUUUAAAAAAUUUCAAACUCGGAAAAGGUCCCUUCAAAUAUAAAACAAAUCAAAUCGAAACUUUUUUUUUACGUCAAUACUUCUGUUUCGGACUUUUGGUCGCGCACCCGCCACGAUCUCAUAUACCGCACUUCAUGAUUUUUUUUUUUUACCGGUACGGAGGGAUUUUUGUUGUACGUUGAAAUAAAUUAAAAACAAAGUAAAUCAGAUCGGAUAAAAUGGUCAUCGUUCCCUCAUGCUUUCAUUGCCUGUCAUGCGAAGACAGCUCAAGAAUGAAAAUGACAUUAAGUAUCAUCUUCGAAAAACUAGAAACGGGAACGAAACGUAUGCUGAGCCGCUCCCAUUUUAGAUACUAUAUCCACAUCUUUCUAUCCAAGAAAAGACAAUUAGACCUAUUCUUCAUUGACUUUAUGUAACGCAUUUUUUUUUUCUUCUAAUCGAUUGCCAGUUGUAUGUGUCCGUUUGGUGGAGGGAUUGUCUUUUCCUAAUGACAUCUCUGCAAAAUUUCUUUUUUGUGUUCACAUUUGUGGGAUUUUCUUCUAUCCAACCCAUACCCCUCGCCCAUUAAAAAAAAAGGAAAAAAAAAACUCAUUUAGAUUUCAUUUCUCAGCAUCCCUUCGGCGUGUUUUGUGUACCGUCGCGUUGGUACUCUAGAAUGUGGCUGUACUCAUUUAAUAAAUCUUUUUCUAAUACCUUUA